AUGUGUGCCAUGGGCAGCAUGGCCUUGGUGGUACCAAAACCAAAUCCUGGAGCUGUUGUUGUGCCCACACCACCACCUGCACCCACCAUGGCUCAAGAUUUAGAUGAAAUUAUGCGUAUGAUCAACUUCCUGCAAAUCCGCCAACUGAUGAGCCGUUAUCUGCUCAACGAUGCCCAGUUCCAGAGUUUUGUACGCAUCAUCAACUCCCAGGAUGCCUAUUUGACCUAUAUGCGUUUCCGUUCCCAGCCCGAGGUUAUGGGUUUCAUUGCCUGGGUAAAUGCCCAAAUUCUAUUGUCCGGUGGUGAAUUGCAAUUGGAAGAAUCUGAAGAGUUUAUGACCAUCUUUAAUCCCACACCCUUCUGGGCUAAUACCGUUUCGGGAUGGCAAGGAUUUGUCAAUGAAUUUUUGUUCUAUUACCCGGUCGAUAUGAUCAACAUGCAUAUUAAUAUGAAGGUGGCCCAGAAUGGUAUCUUUGCUCAGUUUUGGCUUCGCUUGAAGGCCUUGAAACCGGUAUAUGAUCGUGUCAUCGCUUUGCCUGAGGCUCAACGUGUUGCUGCUGCUCUACAACUUAGUGGUAUUGAUAUUAUCCAACUGGAUACUUUUAUUCGUAAUACAUUUGGCUGGCAAAUGCCUCCCACAUUGGCCCCAACCACAACAACUACAACCACUACCACCACAACUGUUGCUCAUUAG